GGCCAAUGCAAAAUAAAUCGAAGCAAGGCAGGUUACUGCGUGUUACACAGUCAGUCGAAGCGCAGCUUUGUUUUGGUCACGAAGCACCGUCUCCGCGGGGCCCUGGACGCUUGUCAGCGCUGCCGGACGCUCGGACAACCCUUCCGGCACGAGCGAGGUUGGGACAACCUUGCUCGACGCACUAUAACUGGCUCCAAAAAUCGCUAUAUUUAAAAGUCUCCCGAAGCCAGUCGUGGCCGACGGAGUUGGGUAGCCGGGGUGCCGCACCACCCUGGCCUGCUGGUGCUGCUGCAGCCGCCCCCCUCCAGAGCGGCCGUCGUCCCCUCCGCAGCAGCCUCCGCUGCAGCAGCCACAGCAACAGACUCAGCAGCCGACCCGCAUGAUGGUCAAGACCUUCCAGGCGUACUUACCUUCGUGCCACCGCACGUACUCGUGCGUACACUGCCGGGCGCACCUCGCCAACCACGAUGAACUCAUCUCGAAGUCAUUCCAAGGCAGCCAAGGACGCGCAUACCUCUUCAACUCAGUGGUGAACGUCGGCUGCGGUCCAGCUGAAGAAAGAGUUUUGCUGACUGGUUUGCACGCAGUGGCUGACAUUUAUUGUGAAUGCUGCAAAACAACCCUUGGAUGGAAAUAUGAGCACGCAUUUGAGCUGAGCCAGAAGUACAAGGAGGGAAAGUACAUAAUCGAGUUAGCCCACAUGAUCAAAGAGAAUGGCUGGGAUUAACGGCACUGCUAAGCUAUCGGCUGCCUUACGGAGUAGAAGAAGAAUCGCGCCGAGGAAGCCGAGCAGCUGACUGACUGAGAUGAAGAGGCAAGAAAAAGCAAGUCAGCGCGCGCGCUGGGCCUAUUUCGAGGGAGAUUGGGCCCGUCGACACAUUACUGAACUCGGACUGCUGUGUUUUUUCAUUGCGAGUGCACAUUUGCGUUGCCCUGGUAAAACUAACUAAUCGAGACACGAUGAUGAGCGAUGCGAAAUGCGUUUUGGUUCUGACUGAGUACGACUUACUGAUGAUUUCAUUAAGCUUAAGUUUCUUUUUUACACACUCUCGGUACUUGGUAAGGAAAGCGCGCGAAACUUUGUGAAAAAUGAAUAGAAAAUUCAUGGAAUCGCCAAUAUUUUCCAGUCCGUCCUAUUUGUAAACGUGAGAAGGGUGAAAAUGUACAUAGAUUGCGUGGGCGGCGUCUCAUUAAAAGCCAGCCAGCCAUAACUCUGAAUUAUUUUCGGCUGUUCGAAAGCGAGUAAUUUUAAUCACAUUAGUAUUACCAGGGCUGUUUUUUUUCGCAGAUGACUUUCUUCCUUGUCUUUAUUUGGUUUAAAAACUCUAUAUUAAAAAGUUCAUUAUUUUUAAGGCAAUUUGACUGAAUGUAAUAUGAAGAACAAUGAAGAUUUAUUGGUAGGAUUUCCUUCUGCUGGACAAAAAGAGACGGGAACUUUGUAGACUCUUAUGAUGGAUGUUUCGUCACUGUUACUUGAAUGGGAAGAUUGGAAUUGCUAUGUGCUAUUUACAAACUAACGAUUGGCUAAUGGAUCGGUGUAAUGUCAAGAAAAGGUCUUAACGUCGCUUCCGAUUUGAAUGCAAUCGACCUUUUGCGUCACUAAAAAAUAUUUCCGCAGAAUAAAAACUAAAAAUGGUUCUUGUGAUAAGUUUUUACACAAAAAAUCUGUGUUUGAUUGAUAUUAGAGACCUUAAACAGAGAUAAGCGCUCUCAAAAAAGUCGUUAAAUGCAUUUUUUAUGUUGUAUGCCUCUGUUCUGCUUCUGAUUGCAGCUUAAGAGUUGCUCUAUCGAUUUAUAAUCGUUGACUCCAAUCGGAAAGCACAAUUGAGUCAUUUAUCAUGGGAAAAUGCGUGUGGUGACUUUUCUGAGAGCGUUAGAUUGGAUUUGAGGCUUACUUAGAACGCAAAAGGCUGAUUUUGUCAAGUCGUCGAGGGCACAUUGAAAGGUCGCUGCGAAGUAUUAAAAGAAGUUGAGGAAACACUCCGUGAAAACCUAUGUGAUACACCUCUUGCAUGUAAAAAUAUACCAGCUCUUUGUAGAAUAUUUGUGGCAGGUAAUAACAAUUAUUACUCUUGUCUCAUUUGAUCAUCAUCAACAAUGCUAGUUCGCUAACCUCACUAAUGUCUCUUUGAUGGAGCGAAACGCUGGAGCAGAACGUGCUUGUCAUUGUAUAUGAUUGAAUUUUGUAAGUUAAUUGAUAGAAUUUGUGAUGCCAACCCAUGGAAAUGAUUUGAUUCUUCAUUACUUUGUAUAAUUAUAAUAGGUGAUUUCAAAAUAACAUAUGUACAAAUCUGAAACAUUUCACGCUUCUUGUAAAUUAGACGGAAAAAAAUUUAACCCAAAUUUGAAACGUAAGGAACGAAUACAAGCAGGCUUUUCUCUUUCCACGAUCAGUUGACUACUAAUGUUAAUGAGAGAGAAUUUAAUAGGAUAGAGCUAGAACUGAUUACUCUGCGUAGGCAUCAAAUAUAUGUAUUUUCUGAGUAAUAUUUUCUUGUUUCGUCUUUCCUGUCGAACAUACAUAUAAUAAUGAAUCAUUUUCUCCGGUCAAGAAAAAAAAAUGUCGUGCACCUGACCACCGCCGCCGCAAUCUAUCAUGUGUUUUUUGGUUGUAAUUUAUUUUUGAUAGGUUUUUCUGGCACGAGAACAGGCUAAUGAAUGAUAAACGAAGCGAUUAUACUGCCUUUGCACAUUGUCAGUCAUCAAACCUUACUCACGGAUCAGACAUGCGAGCGAAAUAUAAAAUAUAUAUAUCUUGAAAAAGGGAACACCCACUCAACGGGAAUCUUUACACAGAAAUAUAUAGAAUCAAAACUUAAAAAAAGUGUGCCUUUUGAAUCCUGCAGACUAGUUUCUGGUCGAAAACAGAGCUUGUUUCCCAUUUCAUUUUCUAUAGAUUUGCAAGGAUCCAAAAUGGCCGCAUUUUAUUACGGGUGAAUGAAAAUGUUGAGAAUAAAAAAAUAAACUGUGUGAAGUUGACCAUUGGCAGUGUUCUCUGCGUCGCGCUUUUGUGAAACUUUUGAAACUCGCAUGUUUGUCUUAUUAAAAAUUUAUUUUGAACAAGAAUGCUUGCAAACACACACUAGGGGGUAGGAAAUGAUUUCUUACACACUCUCACGAAUGUAAAAUUUCUUACCGAUUAGCUUUAAAUGGAAGUGAAUUUGAUAAGUAUAUGCUUCAUCAAUCACUAAUGAUGUAAUUGAACGAUUAUAUUAUAUAUACAACAUGCAUCAUAUUUUAAAUACUUCUGUAUAGCUCAAAGGUUUGUUAGUUAACACACACACACACACAUACAUACACACACGCUCCAUGGCUAAAUAGGUGGAUAGAGAAUCAAAAUUAAUUAAAGGUCGAAUAGCGCGGGAUUGAAUUCAAAAGUAAAACAUAAUUAACUGUAUGAGACCAUUUGAUUUUCCCGUUUCAAAGUUUGUUAAAUUAUGUAUUUACUCACUUGACACACAUUAGCCUAGAGUAAUACGUGUUUUUAAUAUUGAAAUUUUACAACAACGGAAAUGUGCAUAGCGUUUUAAAGAAAAAACUACAAAAAAUAUAUUAUAAAAGAAAGAGAAAAUGAUGUUGUAGCUCUGUGUACCUCUCAUAUUCUAUUUUUGUCAAGAAGCUGAAAAAGAUAAAAUAUACCUUGUUCGUUUGGUUGAUGUACAAAUCUAGUAGGGCGGAAUUCAUUCAAUCGUCUCCAAAUUUAUGUUCUUGCUACAUGGAGGAGUAAUGCAAAAAUAAAAUGCCAGCUCUCUUAGAAAAACUUAA